AUGUAUGUAAUCACUAGUCUGCUUGAUCUUGGCAUAUGUCUUUCCAGCCGCCUUGAUAACACCGUCGGCUGUUGGCCUGAGCUUAGGCGGCCAAUCGCCUUUGACUGGAUCGCUGCUUUCCGCCUCAUCCGCCUGCUCAUUCGUAUCGAUCUAAUGUGCUCCGAAAACCAUUCCUCAACAAACCAGCACACUCUUGUCCCUGCCUCUAUUUUCAGGAUCCUCGAUCGGCUAGCUGGAUCAGGACUAACUGAUCGCUGGCUUAUGGGCUCUGGGCUUUCUGAGCGUCGCCUACUUGCUAGUGAUCUGACUGAUACCUUGAUGCUACUUUUGCGUUCUCAUUCGACUCCGGACUCUGUUACUGAGCAAGAAUUGAUGUUGCUCUCCGGAGCUGGCGGCAUAUCCAGACCCGCGUGGCUCGGGGAGCCUGGUGACCCGCCCUCCAUAUGUCACCUUACCGCCAUUUAUGCUGCUCUCUUGCCCGAAUUAGCUGUGAAUGCUGGGCCAUUUGUCUGGGAGCAGCAGAUGUCAUUUCUCUUUGGACCAAAGCAGGAAAAGCAUGGAAAUAUGCUUGGCAAUGCCUGGUCUUACCUAAGGCAACUUGUGGUAUGGGAUUGUGCGGUGGCAGGUCUUCGGCACCAUUUUGCUGGACUGGGGCCUUCUCAGGGGGGCCAAGCAUUGGCUGGCUUGCACCUUGAGAUUCCGAAAUCCGAUGUUGAGGCUUGCUUUACGCCUAUUGAUGAGCUUCUGACCGAAUUGGACGAUGAACCUUGGCUGACCAGCCCUUCGCAUCAUGCCUGGCAUUCCUGCCACCCAGCAAGCUUCUCGCCACCUCUUGCUCAGUUGUCCAGCACCGUAACAGGGCCUCCUGGCUGUCUGAUUUGUGCUGCUGUAUGGCGCCACCCAGGCGGUCGACUCGGUGCUGCCUACAACCUUGUACAUGCCCGACUGACUGCCAUUCGAUCUUAUCUCGCAAUUAAACAAUCGAAUCUAUCUGAAACCACGCUGUCAACAUCAUUUAUUAAUGAUAGUCAUGUUGGCUCUAGUGUCACUCUUCAGGAAGAUUCUAGGGCUUACGCUCCUAGGAAGUCAUUCAAUCUUCAGGAUCGAAGUACUCUUCAGAAAUCACAAGUUCUUCAGUAUAUGCAGCCUUCUCACGACUCAUUGCUUAUAUCAGAGAAUAAAAUCUUCCGCAAGCCACAGGAAAUCACUAGCCUGUCCACCCUUACUUAUUCCAGUACUUUUAUGUCUCUUGAGCCCGAAAUAUCUGAAUCCGGAGGAGCCGUACGAUCUGAACGACAAGAUAAGGUCAAUCAUGCAUGCUCCAUCUUAGAUUCAAAUAUGCUUCAUUGGUUGACUGAAUUCCUCUUUGGCUUAUCACGUCUGAUGAACCUAGCCGCAAGACAGACGUGUAGGCUAGUUUCUGGACUUACUGAUGCUAAUUCCUGUUGCUGUUGUUGCCGUCAUUUUCAGGUCUACUCUUAUCAGUUCCUAGCCGUCAAUGGUAUCUUUAACGCAAUCCUGAGCCUCUUCCAAAAUGCUAUUUACAGUUCUAAAGAUGAUAUUAAGCCCAGUUGUCAGAGAAUUUUGCAGUCUUUUUCCGAGCAGUCCUCCGAUCCUGCCUUGAAGUCAUUCAAUCUUCUUAUUGAAGCUUUAGGUUUUCUCCAAGAUGUGCUUGCCUACGCUUUGUUGGCCCAACCCUCUACAACCAAUCAGAUUUGGAAGAGACUGCUAAAAAGCGGCCUGUUUCUCGCUGAGUCUUCACGUUCACUCCCAUUGACUGUCGCUCUUCCUAUAUUGACUGGAAUUGAUCUUUUUGUCGCUGGCUCCCGAAAGGUAUUUAAUGCGGAUAUCCUUGCUAAAGAUAACUAUUUACUGGCUAACUUUAGAUCACCACCGAUGCUUCCGUUGGACAAUAUCCAUAUCUCUCUGGUUACCAAUCAAUAUCUUAACAGAAGGGAGAUUCAUGCCGUCAUUGCUAGACAAAUUUCUGCUACACAUUGCAAAACGACUUCCAUUGAAGAUUUGAAUAAGAUUGGACAGACUAUUUACAUGUUUUUAUAA